CAUCGCAUUCGCAAUCGAUACAUCGAUUAUGUACAAAAAACCAUCCGAGCCGGCAUUUCCACAUUGUGGAUUACACAUCAAUUCCAAUUGCAGUUGAGCUGCAUUCGACUCCAGCCUGUUGCAUACGGAUGUCAGCAUGGCGUUUCAUUGGUGCGACAACAACCUGCACACGACGGUGUUCACGCCCCGCGACUUCCAAGUAGAGCUACUGGCCUCGGCCUUCGAGCGCAACACAAUCAUUUGCUUAGGUCACAAAAGCUCUAAGGAGUUUAUUGCACUGAAGCUGCUGCAGGAGUUUUCCAGGCGUGGACGUCGCAACGGUAAAAUGAGCGUAUACCUAAGCUCACAAAUUGAUGCUGAAGCCACAUCCAUGUACACGAUGCUCACACAUCUCACUGAUCUCAAAGUGUGGCAGGAGCAGCCGGAUCAACAAGUACCCCUUAAUCACUGCUGGGCCGACUACCAUGUCAGCAUACAUAAACCGGAAAGCUUUCUGAUCUUGCUGCAGAACCGAGAUAUACUGCUUAGUAGCGUUCAGCUCAUCGUCCUGGAGGACUGCCACGACAGCGCCGUCUAUCGCAGUGUUCUACCCAUUUUCGAGGAAUUCGUACAGCCUGCGAAGCCAUGUGAUAGACCUCGAAUAUUAGGGCUGGCAGGACCACUGCACAGCGCCGGCUGCGAGCUGGAGGAACUUAACGCAAUGCUCAAUACCCUGGAACAGCACAUGUUGUGUAGCAUUGAGACGGCCAGCGAUAUUGUCACCGUGCUGCGCUACUGCGCCAGGCCACUGGAAUACAUUGUGCAGUGUGCGCCCUUCGAAGUAGAUCAGCUGUCCAGCGUGUUAGUUGAUAUACUGACUACGCACAAAUCGUUCCUAAAUGACCACCGAUACGAUCCGUUCGAAAUCUACGGCACUGAUCAGUUCAUGGAGGAUCUAAAGGAUAUUCCUGAUCCGAAGUUGGACCCGCUCAAUGUUCUGGACGCUUUGCUUGCUGUGCUGCUUGAGAUGGGGCCGUGGUGUGCGCAGCGCGCCGCUCAUCAUUUCUACCAACGCAACGAGAAGCUCAAGGUGAAGACGCCGCACGAGCGCCACUAUCUGCUCUUCUGUCUGGUGAACACGGCGCUGGUUAAGGUCAAUGCGCUCUGCGAUCAAACAUUCCAGAAGCAAAUGAGCGAGGAGCCACUUUGCACUGUUGAGCGUUACUCUAGUCCCAAGGUGCAUCGCCUGCUCAAGGUGCUGAGGCGCUUCAAGCCGGCCGAGAUGCAUGGUCAGGCGGACGGUUUGCGCAAGAUGCGUCAUCAAGUGGAGCAGACGGAUUUCAAUAGGCUAUCGCAAGCGUUGAAAUCCAAGUGCCAGUUAGUCGAACAGCUCGAUGAGACGCAUGUGGAAACGCGCUCAAUAGUUCACAAUCUGGAGCAGCUGCUGCCAGCGACAGACAAGGAGGAGAAGAUGAGGACGCAGCAGAAGGACAACAUCGAAUCGAAGGCAGCACCAGCAGUGACUCAAGCACCGCCCUCAACCAAAUCCAAGUCCAAUACAGCACAGCCCCAUGGACGAAGGCGUGUCCAUCCGCGCCGCCACAAUCGCUACCAGCACGACUCCAGCGAGACGCUGUGUGCGCUCAUCUAUUGCAAUCAGAAUCAUACGGCGCGCGUGUUAUUCGAAUUGUUGGCGGAGAUGAGUAAACGUGAUCCUGAUCUCAAAUUCUUGCGCUGCCAGUAUACAACAGAUCGGAUCGCCAAUCCAGCCACAGAGCCCAAGGAGGCUGAGCAGGAGCACAGGCGGCAAGAGGAGGUGCUGAAGCGUUUUCGUAUGCACGAUUGCAAUGUACUAAUCGGCACAUCGGUGCUGGAGGAGGGAAUUGAUGUGCCCAAGUGCAAUCUGGUGGUGCGCUGGGAUCCGCCCACCACAUACCGAAGUUAUGUUCAGUGCAAGGGACGUGCACGAGCCGCACCGGCCUACCACAUAAUGCUAGUGGCGCCCAGGUAUGAGCCCAUUGCAGUGGCGCCCGGUGGCUCCGUGGAGCUAAAUGAGCAAUCGCAUCGAUUCAUUUGUGCAGCUCCAAGCGAUGAUGGACAACUGGAAGUGGACAGUGACUCGGAUGACUCGGCAUUGCCCAAUUCACUGCAUUCGGAUCCCUACACCUUUGGUACUGCUCGUGGCACGGUAAAAAUACUUAAUCCGGAGAUCUUCAGCAAUCAACCACCGACCGCGUGCGACAUCAAGUUGCAAGAGAUUCAGGAUGAGAUGCCCACUUUAUUGGAGAACGGCAACUCCAGCGAUGAUGCCAUCAGCUUAACUAACACAACGCCCAGUGACAGAAGCGCCGAGCGCAGACCUAAACAGCGAUUCGAAUGCGAGCUUACCGCACUACCAGAUGCUGCCACACCCAUCGCUGCCGCUAUCUCCGCGUCGGCUGACAGUCUGACAUCUACCACCCAAGCGCUGGUGCAUCAAAUGGCGCAAUACCGCGAAAUCGAGCAGAUGCUGCUUUCCAAAUGCGCCAAUACGGAACCAACUGAAGCUGAGCAGCGAGAGGCAGACCGCUUCACAUGCUGCUUGGCCGCCUAUCAGCCCAGGCCGGGGCUGUCGACGGCUGCCUCUGUGGAUCUGAGCACAGCUAUUGCGUUGGUUAACAAGUAUUGCGCCCGUCUGCCCAGUGACACUUUCACCAAAUUGACUGCUCUGUGGCGCUGUGCGUCCUCCGAACGGCAGGGAAUUAAACUAUACCAAUAUACUCUACGCCUGCCCAUUAAUUCACCGCUAAAGUACGAUAUUGUUGGUCUUCCGAUGCCCACUCAAACUCUGGCGCGACGUUUGGCGGCUUUCCAGGCAUGCGUCGAGUUGCAUAAGAUCGGUGAACUGGAUGAUCAGUUGCAGCCGAUAGGUAAGGAGGGUUUCCGGGCGCUGGAACCUGACUGGGAGUGCUUCGAUCUGGAGCCAGAGGAUGAGCAGAUAGUGCAGCAAAACGAUGAGCCACGACCAGGCACCACCAAGCGACGUCAAUACUACUACAAGCGCAUUGCGUCCGAGUUCUGUGACUGCCGUCCAGUGCCCGAUGUUCCCUGCUAUCUGUAUUUCAUUCAGCUAACGCUGCAGUGUCCGAUACCCGAGGAGCAAAACACUCGCGGUCGCAAGAUCUAUCCGCCGGAGGAGGCGCAGCAGGGCUUCGGCAUACUGACACUGAAGCGAAUACCCAAGUUGAGUGCCUUUUCCAUAUUCACACGAUCCGGUGAGGUGAAGGUAUCGCUGGAGCUGGCUCGCGAGCGUGUUGUGCUGACUAGCGCACAGAUCGACUGCAUCAACGUAUUCCUCAAUUAUACGUUUACAAAUGUGCUGCGUCUGCAAAAGUUUCUAAUGCUCUUUGAUCCGGACUCAACGGAAAACUGUGUGUUCAUUGUGCCAACGGUUAGAGCCGAGCGGGACAAUCGGCUCAUCGAUUGGAAAUUUCUGGAGCUCAUACAGGCCACCGGCAACAUGAUGCCACAGCCGGUGCCUGACGAAGAACGGCAAGAGCAGGCGUUUGAGGCGCAACGUUUCCAGGACGCUGUUGUUAUGCCCUGGUAUCGCAAUCAGGACCAGCCUCAAUACUUUUAUGUGGCCGAAAUCUGUCCGCAUCUGUCGCCACUCAGCUGUUUCCCCGGCGACAAUUAUCGCACCUUCAAGCAUUACUAUCUGGUUAAAUACAAUCUCACAAUACAGAAUACGGCACAGCCUCUGCUGGACGUCGAUCAUACGAGUGCGCGAUUAAAUUUUCUCACUCCACGAUAUGUGAAUCGUAAGGGUGUGGCGCUGCCCACCAGUUCGGAGGAAACGAAACGCGCCAAACGCGAAAAUCUCGAACAGAAACAGAUUCUAGUCCCUGAGCUAUGCACAGUGCAUCCGUUUCCUGCAUCCCUUUGGCGCACAGCCGUCUGCCUGCCCUGCAUUCUGUAUCGCAUCAAUGGUCUGCUCCUCGCCGACGACAUACGCAAGCAGGUUUCGUCCGAUCUUGCCCUGGGUCGACAACAGAUCGACGACGAGCAGUUCGAGUGGCCCAUGUUGGACUUUGGCUGGAGUCUGUCGGAGGUGUUGAAGAAAUCACGCGAAUCCAAGCAGAAGCAGUGCAGCAAAGAGGCAGUCGGUAAAGUCGACGCUGAUCCAGAGGAGGCGACGAAGGAGACGCCUAUUGAGAAGACCGAAAAGAGCGCCAAUGAGCUGGUUAUCGAAGGCGAAGAGCAACUGAACAGUGCAGAUGACUUUAUCGAGAUUGGCACCUGGUCGAAUGACAUGGCUGACGACAUUGCCAGCUACGACGAGGAUGAGGAGGAUGAUGAGGACUACCUACCUGUGCUACCCGCCAAUGUGAAAUUCUGUGAUCAGCAGACGCGUUAUGGAUCGCCCACUUUCUGGGACGUGAGCAACAGUAGCGCCUUUAAGCAGUCAGCGCCAGGACAUCAGCGAACUAGUAAGCCAAAAGGUGGCUCCGCCAAGGGGAAUGCAACAAAAGCAGAGAACAAGCCCAAUUAUAGCUACUACGACUCGGACAACUCGUUAAGCUCUAGCUAUGACGAUGACGAUCAUGUGGGGCCAAUUCAUCGUUAUAGCUCGGAGGAUGAUGAUACGGAUGACAUUAUCGCCGGUCGCAUUGAGUUCACAUCGAAGAAUGAGGCGGAGACCAUCGAAACAGCGCAAGAAGUGGAGAAGCGCCAGAAGCAAUUGUCCAUCAUACAAGCGACCAAUGCUAACGAGCGCCAAUAUCAACAGACAAAGAAUCUGCUCAUCGGCUAUAAUUUUGAGCAAGCGCCGCAUAAGCCCAGCGUCAACUAUGAGCAAUCCAUUGUGCGCUUCAAGGCGGAGAUCGAGACCUGUGGAAUGCUGGUGCCAUACGGAGAGGAGCUAGCGCUGCAGCGCACCGAUGGCAACUUAUCGAAAGCUGACAAGGAAGAGGUUUCGUUGCAAAUGGAGAUGUUCAAGGAGCUGUUGCCCUACGUGGCAGAGUCACAAAUACUGGCUAAAUUGGACACCAAAAUAUCGUUGCAUCUCGCUGACUUGGUGGAGCUGAACGCACAGUGGUUGCAGCCGAACAAGACUGAAAGCUACAGCGUGUUGGGCUGUGGCGAUAGCUUUGAUAACUAUAACGAUCAUCACCAUCUGAAUCUGGACAAUAAGCAGGUCAGUCUGCAAUUCCAGGAGGCGGUAGCAAAGCAUACAGCUCCAGCUGUCACCGAAACAGAGAAGGCAUCACCAAGCGCAAGCAUUAGCGACUUCAACUUUGAUUAUCAGCCGGAGUUGGUGGGACAUCCCGGUCCCAGUCCCAGUAUCAUACUGCAAGCGCUAACCAUGUCGAAUGCCAAUGAUGGCAUCAAUCUUGAGCGCCUGGAAACAAUUGGUGACUCGUUCCUAAAGUAUGCCAUCACCACAUACCUGUACAUGACAUAUGAGAAUGUGCACGAGGGCAAGCUGAGUCAUCUGCGCUCCAAGCAGGUGGCCAAUCUGAAUCUGUAUCGGCUGGGUCGACGCAAGCGGCUGGGCGAAUAUAUGAUAGCUACGAAAUUUGAGCCGCAUGACAAUUGGCUACCGCCGUGCUACUAUGUGCCCAAGGAGCUGGAGAAGGCUUUGAUUGAGGCAAAGAUACCGACGCAUCACUGGAAACUGGCUGAUCUGCUAGACAUUAAGAACUUAAACAGCGUGCAGAUCUGUGAGCUGGUGCGUGAAAAGGCCGUGGCAUUGGGACUAGCCGCCGGCACAGAGCAACCUGCGAUUGCCCAACAGAUGACACCAAAUGCCAAUCUAGACGAUUCCAAUGAGACCAACGAUUUUAGUUGCUUCAUUCCAUAUAAUCUAGUCUCACAGCACAGCAUACCGGACAAAUCGAUUGCCGACUGCGUGGAGGCCCUAAUUGGUGCCUAUCUCAUCGAAUGUGGCCCACGUGGUGCGCUUCUUUUCAUGGCUUGGCUGGGUGUGCGUGUCCUGCCCUACAAAUUGGUGCCAACAGCAGCUGACGAUGAGCGACGUGCGCCUGGUACCAGUAAACCGAACGCCAAGAACAUGGUCACCAUAUAUGGUGCUUGGCCAACGCCACGCAGUCCGCUAUUGCAUUUCGCGCCAAAUGCUACGGUUGAGUUGGAGCAUCUGCUGAGCGGCUUUGAGGAGUUUGAGGCUAGCUUGGGCUACAAAUUUAGAGAUCGUUCCUAUUUACUGCAGGCCAUGACGCAUGCCAGCUACACACCCAACCGUCUGACAGACUGCUAUCAGCGACUCGAAUUUUUGGGCGAUGCCGUUUUGGACUAUCUGAUAACGCGGCACUUGUACGAGGAUCCACGACAGCACUCGCCAGGCGCACUAACGGAUCUGCGAUCGGCGCUGGUGAAUAACACCAUUUUUGCAUCAUUGGCCGUGCGACAUGGUUUCCACAAGUACUUCCGGCACCUAUCGCCUGGCCUGAACGAUGUCAUUGAUCGCUUUGUGCGUAUUCAACAAGAAAAUGGUCACAGCAUAAGUGAAGAGUAUUAUUUGUUGUCGGAGGAGGAAUGUGAUGAUGCCGAGGAUGUUGAGGUGCCCAAGGCAUUGGGCGAUGUAUUCGAAUCGAUUGCCGGCGCCAUAUUUCUUGACUCCGAUUUGUCGCUGGAUGUGGUGUGGCGGGUAUACAGCAACAUGAUGAAGCCGGAGAUAGAACAAUUUAGCAAUUCUGUGCCAAAGUCACCCAUUCGCGAGCUGCUCGAGCUCGAACCAGAAACGGCCAAGUUCGGCAAGCCAGAGAAGCUGGCAGACGGUCGCCGCGUACGCGUCACUGUGGAUGUCUUCUGCAAGGGCACGUUCCGUGGAAUUGGACGAAACUAUCGCAUAGCCAAAUGCACAGCAGCUAAGUGUGCGCUGCGACAGCUGAAGAAGCAGGGCUUAAUUGCCAAAAAAGACUAAAGAUGCGGCGUUGUGCCAUUUUGUGAAUAUUUAUAGUUGUAGUAGCUAUAUGUACAUAUGUACGGCAUAAGUGCUCCAAUAAUCAUGAUUUUUUCCAUAUCGACUUAUUAUGUAGUAUUUUUAAAUUAAAAUCAUAAUAUAAACCAAGA